AUGGCUCACAUAGCAAGUUGCAUACAACCUGUACCCGAGAGUGACCGUUUGAGCAUCUCGAGCUAUAUAAUCGAACAGCAGGCCUCGAAGCCGUGGGUCUGGAGAAUGGCCCAGUCAGAUAGUAGGAAGUAUCAGCUUUUCCCAAGGGAAAAGCAGGUUGCGGCCUCGCCAGUGCAAAGCCUGGACCCUGAACAGGCCUUUGCCUUGGCCAUGGGACAGGGCACAGACGGGUCAGAAAGCAAAUUCGGCACUGGCAACCUAAGACUCAGGAUCAGGGAGCACAACCUUCCCCUCCGCCGGCGCAAGGUCAGCGUCCCAGAGCUCGGGCCUAUGACCACAGUUCACGAGUCCUCUAUGGACUCCCGUACAUGGUACUCAACGACGACCCCCACAACGCUGCCGACACCAGUGUCAGCCACCCACGACCCUCGGCGAUCUCCAAAGCCUUCCAAGCCCAUAACAACAAACACUUUGUCCGAAACGGCCAAAGAACAAGCGACAGAUACUAUCAACAGCGACGCUGUCCCCUUGUCAGCCGUCGAGCCUCGAAGCGCCAGCGCCGCAAACCACCGACGGAAUAUGUCCGACAGUGCCAGCGUAACCGGGAGUAUCAUGGACCGCGGCCGUCCCAAGAAGAAGAGCGAAAAUGGGCCCAGGGGGGGUAGCUCCAAGAAGAGCAAGAGUGCGGAGCGUCUUGCCUUUGAGCGGCUGCCUAAAGGGUGGAAGGUACCUGAUGCGAUGCAAAUGUUGGACGCAUCCGAGACGACUGCCCUGAACAGACAAGCCCUGCAACAGGCUGAGAGGUUUGAGAUGCUGAGGAAGAGCGAUGUAGACAGUCUCUCCAGGGAACUGAGGAGCCUGGAUGAGCGAUGUGAGUACCUGCGCCGUACCUACCACUCGCUGAGGGCUGGGAGGCGUAAUCUCCACUCCCGGAUCUGCCAAUACCUCCGGUCCCCACGCACCGUCAAGUUCAGCCAGGAGUCUCUGCUCAAGCAAGAGGAGGCUCUCGCCGAGCUGGACGCAUCCAUCGACGACUGGGUCAGCAAGCUUGAGCAGGCCGAGAACCGCCGCACUCGGGUCCGCCAGAAGCUGCUGGAACACGUCGCCGCCGCCGUGACCAUUCCUAUCCAUGGAGCUCUUGCCGGUGCCGGUCGUUCUCCAUUUACGCUAGACAUGAAGUCCCCGACGGCUCCUGCUGAUCCCUCCACACCUCCACGAUCACCCACCAAGGUCGCCUUCACCCCUCGGGCCGGGGCUUCCUCGCCGUCCCCGUGCCGCGUCGUGGCGCAGGUACCCUCGACCAUCGUAGAGCAACCUCUUGUCGAGGAGGAGGCUGCGUCUGCCCCGACCGUGGGUCUGGGCAUCGACCAGGCGGCGGACGAGCCCGCCACCGCUGGCAUCCGCCGCAGCGAGGUGGAGAGCAUCCGCAUCUAUGCCGGAGACGAGGUCGCCGCACUCCUCGCCGACGUCGAGCAGCAGAUCACGAGCAUGAGCAAGGCUACCGAGGCAAAUGCUGCGCUCCGCGAGAAGGACGCUGCCGCUGCCGCCGCCGCCCGACAGAAUGAGCUCGCCAGUCUCACCACGCAGGAGCGCAAGCAGCUUCACCGUGCCCAGAGCCACGAGGCAUUUCGAGGUGGCAAGCCUUUUACAUUCAGCGGCAACAGCACUGUUGCGGGUCCCGCCAGCGCCAAGGAACUGCCUACCUCUGUCUCGCCACGUACUGUCCCCACCACCGUUACCGAAACCAAACAGGAAGACCCCUCGCACUUCAUUCUUCCUUCUGCCGUCUUCGAUCCCAAGACGGCCACCGUUCAUUAG